AUGGCGCUCCUCAAGCUCUGUGGUCUUGUUUUACUGGGCCUUGCUCUGCUAGCCCAAUGUGCUCCUCAGAAGAAAUUCCGACGACACAUGAUUCGUGGGCGACCGAUGGGCGGACUCGUUCCAAAGCCGACUAGGAACGAAAAGUAUGUCUCGAAUGAUGCUGUGGUGCAGGACUGGUUCGAAAACAGCGUAGAUCAUUUCAAUAGCUCAAACACGGCUACAUACCAACAGAGAUACUGGUACAAUCAACAGUGGUACAAGCAAAAUGGACCAGUGUUUUUGAUGUUGGGAGGAGAAUCAGCCGAGGAUCCGUACUGGGUACAAGACGGUGAGUUAAAGAUGCGUUAUAAGAUAAAGUGA